UUGUGAAGAGCAAGAGAAAGGCAUUUCAUUCCCUUCACGCAAAACGAGCUGAGUGAUAAGAAACUCCAGGACGGUUCCAGAUGGCGUUAGUUUUGGCGCCUCGCGCUCUCUCGCUCUCUCUUGAGAGUUCAUCGCUCCGACACCGAGAAAAUGCGUCAAGAUGAAAAGUCAUGCGUGAGGUGGUUCUUCUUUCAACAGACGUGGGCAAAGAACGAGAGAGUCCAUUGUAAUCUCAGACAAGGUGCGCGUUUCCAACACCGUACCAGCAGAGGAGACGCGCGCAACGCCACCGGACCACGGAGUGGAUAGGACGCACAGCUAUUUCCUACUAUGAUCCAAACGGAUCUCGGCGCACCAAACUUCAAGAUGGACGGCCACAACUGGACAUCGAUGCCUGAGAACGUCACCGAGCCGGAGCCGCUACCCUUCAGUGUGGACACUGCAGUCAUCUACACCAUUGUCUUCAUUGUGGGUUUUCUGGGUAACACAUUGGUCAUCUACGUGGUGGUCCGCUACGUCAAGAUGAAAACGGUGACAAACAUGUACAUUCUCAAUUUAGCCCUGGCAGAUGAACUCUACAUCUUAGGAAUCCCCUUCCUUGGCACCAAUAGUGCACUUUCCUAUUGGCCAUAUGGGGAUUUCUUCUGCAAGGUGUGCAUGACUGCUGAUGCCAUGAGCCAGUUCAGCUCCACCUUUUGCCUGACUGUAAUGAGCAUUGACCGCUACCUGGCUGUGGUUUAUCCUAUUCGCAGUAGCAAAUGGCGGAAUCCUCAGGUGGCCAAGAUUUUUAAUAUCAUGGUGUGGGUUGUUUCCUUCCUGAUUGUGUUGCCAGUCACCAUUUACUCGCAUGUUCAGGAGGAGUUCAACACCUGCAACAUAACCUGGCCUGAGCCACGUGAUUUGUGGUCCAUUGCCUUCAUCCUCUAUACAUCCAUCCUGGGCUUUUUUGGUCCCCUCUUUGUCAUCAGCCUGUGCUACCUGUUGAUUGUCAUCAAGGUGAGGUCCGCAGGUGUGCGCGCGGGCGUGACAAAGCGGCGCAAGUCGGAGCGCAAGGUGACGAAGAUGGUGGUGAUCAUCGUGUUGGUGUUUGUCAUAUGUUGGCUGCCCUUCUUCAUUACCAACAUUGUCAACCUGGUUUAUAUCAUCCCUGAGAGUAAAACCACCGCUACGGUCUACUUCGUCCUGGUCAUCCUCACCUAUGUCAACUCCUGCGCCAACCCGAUCCUCUACGGCUUCCUGUCUGACAACUUCAAGCAGAGCUUCCAGAAGGUCUUCUGCUUUCACAAACCAAAUGGCGUUAGCGCCACAGAGCAGAUGGGAAGAAGACAGGCUGCACCCAAGUCUCUCCAGGUGGAGAACUCGGACAGAGAGAUGUUCACUUCAAAAGCAGCAAUGAAUGGCCAGUGAACUCUUGUGACCCACCAUGUGCUCGUGUGGAAUUACUGUGGACCCGUUUUUGUUUGGUGCAUCUUUAUGGUUUGUGGGGACCAAAUGAGUAAUGCUGGAUGAACAGCUAUUUACAGCAUUCACGGUGAAGGCCUGCAUUUUUGUUUUUGUACUUUAUGCCUUUGUAUUGUUUUAUGUCAACAACUGAUCUCAGUAUGGGAAUUUAAGACGCUGCACAUUCUCAGUCAGCAUGAGCGAGGCUUUUAUCGUCAACACGAGUAAAGACGGGCAUUUUUGCUUCUACUUGUUUUUUAUAUUUGAUCAAAUCAGAAGCAACCGUCGGUGAUCUGUUCCAUUUGCUGCUGUUCAAUGCAUUUCACAGGAAUUUCUACAUGUUUACCCGUUGCCGUAAUGAAUUCACUAUAUGCACAUUUCGGCGCUAAGAACAUCUGUGCAGAAAGUUUUGAGUUAAUAGUUAUCGUCAAUCUCUGCUGAAGAAUCAGAACUCUACUACACUGUAUAAUCACAUCAAUGGCGGUCGCUAUGGUCUGUGACACGGGGGAAGCUCAUUUUCACACCUUCAUACACAAAUGAUAUAGUUGAUUGUUAUAGCAAACUUUGAGUAAUGAGAUGUAAAUGUAACAGCACAUAUUUGACCAUUUAUUUUGUGAAAUUUUAGGAAGGGCUUCCCCUGCCGUCAUCGUCUGAUUCAUAUAAAUAUUAUAAUGUUUCCUGGGAUUGUGCAACACUGAAUGUUGCAUGUUGGACCUUAAAUGGACAAACAUUAGAGUGUCUCAGUCUUUUAUUGCUUUCUUUCAAAUUUGAGGAUUUACAGCAUUAAAUUUGAUGUGUUGUAAUCAGACUGAUAUCUGUUCCACUGGGUAUCAUAAAGCUUGUUACCCGUCAGUCUGGUGUGCUUCUUGUGACAUUUUGUUUUUAACUGUAACAAAGCUGUGAAAAACGCUUAAAGAUUGCCAGUUAUUCAUCUCUAAUGGAUGAAUCUCUUCGCUCUGACAUUGGUGAAUCGAUGACGACAUCUUUUGGAUCAGAAGACCUGACCAACAUAUCAUGUUCUUACUCUUUGUUUAGCUUGUCUUACUUGACUAGGAGCUUGGAUAUUUGACGCCAUCAUCACUGAGGAGGUCCCGGGCAACACUGCAGCAGCUCCGCAGUUGAAACGUGACUUGAGGGAAGACAGAGCUGUGGAGACUGGACAGAUUAGAGAAGACCAGAGAUUUAUUUGUGUAAGAAACACUGUGAAUUUAAAGAGGAUAGAAGAUGGUAAUUCCGACAUGCCUGUGGAGCCUUGAGCUCCAUGUCCUUGUACAGAUAAGAAAAAGACUUUUGUGUUCUCGUCAUGGAUACUGCGGUCGCCGUCUUCUUCUUCUGUUGGCUUCUUCCUUCAGGGGUCGCCACAGCGGAUCAUCUGCCUCCAUCCUCUCCCUUGUGUCCUCUUCUGUUUUCACCGAUUGUCCUCAUGUGCUUGCUCACAACAUCAUGAACUUCUCUGUGGUCUUCCUGCGGACACGCGCUUGCAUGACGCAAAGCUAUUUUCUGUGGACAUCUCGUCACCAGAUGUGUAUUGUCGCUGUGAUUUGUGAUUGUCAUGGCAGGCUUAUGUUUUUGUACGUUAUUGAAACAGAAAGGUGGCAGCUUCACACAAUGUCCUGCAACAAAAAAAAACAACAUGUUAAGGAGCUUCUGUUACAAAAUUUAGAGGGAGCAAGUCAUUUCAGAUGUAUUAUGUGUUAUGGUGUUAUAGUGCAUAAAUGCUUACCACAGAAAUAAAAAAUCAUAAUAAUCUGGAAAAAGUGUUACUGGCAAAGUAUAUUGAGAAAAGUCUCUUUUCUCAAUGGGGGCACAAUGGGGGCAGCUCACAAGUUCUGUUAUUUUUAUUGUGUUGUUGGUGGCGGCGUUUGAUUGUUCUUCCCCCUGCUUAAUGAUACAGCAGUAAUUUCAGUGUUAAUAAAUGUGACGAUGUCAA